AUGUCGAAGAAUGCGGCGCUGAAGGCCGUGCGAGCGGCAAUUGAUUCGAAAGACUACGAUACGGCAGUUGGCAAGGCCAAGGUUCUCGUGCAAGAAGAUCCAGGAAAUUAUCAUGCCCAUGUCUUUCUAGGCCUCGCGUAUGACAAGCUGAACCAGAACGAUGAAGCUGAACAGACGUACCUCGCGGCGACGCGUAUCAAACCGGAUGACCGCACAGCUUGGCAGGGCUUGAUCGCUGUUUACCAGAAACAGGGCGCCUCGAAGCUUAACGCCUGGCAUGAUGCAGCUUUCAAGCUAGCUACCAUAUUUGCGAACCUUGAGGACUCAGCACCGGCACGAUGUGCAGAGGUGAUCGAGAAGUACACCAACGUCGCGCGGAGUCGAGGUUCCCCGGCACAGUACAAGCGCGCCUUACUUUACAGUCUCCCCACCUGCCCCCUGUACGGAGUUCUCGAAGGCCGAGUGCCUCACCCGUCCCAUACCUAUCUCCGCCUUAUCGAAAUCACCGAAGCCGAAGAGAAAGAAUACAUCAAUCGCGAAAUUGGCGAACGGAGAACCCGUCUGGGUGCCCGGAUCGAUCUGGUCACACUUGAGGUUAAGCGCGAAGCUUUCAAACAGACACAGUUAGAGCAACUCUACCAAGGCAUCAUCGACUGGACAAACGACGACGAAGUCCGCCGUCAAUACGAGGAAAGACUGCUCCAGAGAGCCUGUGAUGAGCUCGAGGUCAUGCCUCAUAAGAAGAGAAAUACCAAGAGAAGAGAAAUACUGCGCUCCGCUCAGGGUAUGGUUGUCAUCAAGCACCCGUUUAAAUUGGCCUGGGAGAUUGUCCUCGAGUGGCAGGAUGUACAGACGUAUUCCCAGUGGGAUGUUGGCGUCUUGCGUGAGUAUAUCGAGUUCUUCCCGGAAGAUGGACUGGCAAAGGUCCUCAAGGGUUUUCUUCUCAGUGACCUCUCGCCUUUUCCGAAGGAAAACCCAGAUGAAGACAAGCAAGCGAAAGACAGCGAUAUAACCGAUCUGGCUGCGCUGGACCCUAUGAUCCUGAUGGUCGAUGGAUUGGACCAUGCCCCUACGUCCGCAAUCGCCCAUCGCAUCAUGGCUGACCUUUACCAUUCUGCCGGAGAAUAUCAGGUCGCGAUUGAUGUAGCCCGCAAGGGACUAGAGAGCAUCAUACCCGACCUGGUAGGCCGCACCGGCGUCAAUUUAGCCAACACCACCGACUCUCUCAAAAUCAACCUCGCCAACUCCUUGAUCCAUCACCAGUCUCCUCGUCACCACUCCGAAGCCAAGGGGGUUUUCGAGGAAAUCCUAGGAAGAAAGCCGUCAUCCACGGUCUGCCUUCUCGGAAUUGGUUUGAUCCUCCAAGAUGAUAAAGACUACAAAAAUGCAGUCGAAUUCCUGAGGCGUGCCCUGGCGCGUGACCCCACCGACAUCAAGAUCCGCGGAGAGCUUUACUGGUGUAUCGCAUUGGAUGGUGACCUUGUAACUGGCCGAGCGGGUCUUGAGGCUGCUCUUGAGAGCCUGAUGAAAGAGCAGCCAGAGAGCAGGUCUUUCAAGGCAGUCCUUCUCUAUCGUAUAGGCUACUGUCUAUGGGAGCUUGACCCAUCCCCGGCCGCACGAAAGGCUCGUAAUGGUGCAUAUGCAUAUUUCCUUGGAUCAAUCAAUGCCGAUAUGAAUUACGCCCCGGCCUACUCGAGCCUCGGAUUCUACUUUGCGGAUUACAAGAAGGACAAGACAAGGGCACGGCGAUCAUUUCACAAAGCCUUCGAGCUUUCAACGUCUGAGAUUCCAGCAGCUGAACGCCUGGCGAAAGGUUUUGCAGACCAACAGGAAUGGGACCUCGUGGAGGCUAUUUCACAGCGAGUUGUGGACUCGGGCAACGCUCAGCCCGCCCCUAGUUCCAAACGUCCAGGAUACAGCUGGCCAUACGCGGCUCUUGGUGCCGUGCAGAUCAACAGGCAGCAGUAUGACAAAAGCGCCGUGUCAUUCCAAUGCGCUUUGCGACUUGCACGCGAGGAUUAUCAUUGUUGGGUGGGUCUCGCCGAGAGCUAUCACCAUGCCGGUCGUUUUGUCGCCGCUACCAAGGCAUUUGAAGAGGCUCGAAAGCAUGAGUCUCGUCUCUCCGAGGCCGAGAAGGAACACAUUUGGUCUGCACGAUACAUGCUAGCCAACGUCAAAACAGAUCUUGGUGAAUAUGGUGAUGCAAUCGCUCUUUACGAGGAAAUCCUCGCUUCUAGGCCUGCCGACAUUGGUGUCACAACCGCUCUUCUCCAGACACUUGCGGAGAGCUCUUGGAAGAGUCUGGAUUCCGGCCUGUUUCACGACGCGGCAGAGUUAGCCAGCAAGGUCAUCAACGUGUCAAGCUCGAUUGUUAAAAUUCGGAGCGACUUGUUCAAUCUUUGGAAGGCAGUUGGUGAUGCCUGCAUUAACUUCUCCUACAUUGGGAAGGAAAUUGGAAUGCUGCCGAUCUCUGAAUGUAGAGCUCUCUUGGCCAGCGGAGCCAACGAUGGGGAGCUUGACAUCAUGAGUGAGGUAGACAAAAUUGGGCACAGCUAUCUUGAUUCCAGCGAGAACGAGGCAAUUCAAUCUAGUGACUGCACAUAUCUUGCUAUCCUGGCAUUCAAACGCGCAAUUCAUGUUGCUAGUGGUGAUCAACUCGCCCAGUCAGUUGCGUGGUACAACCUUGGUUGUGCCGAGUAUCGGGCGUAUCGAACCUCGCUCGCUAGCCCAGAUGUCAUAAAGAAGCCGCGCAGGUUUCUCAAGACUGCAAUGCAAUGCUUCAAGAAAGCAAUUGAGUUAGAGGCAGGAAAUGCCGAGUUCUGGAACGCGCUCGGUGUUGCCACCAUGAGCAUGAGUGCCAAGGUGGCGCAGCAUGCCUUUGCGCGUAGCCUACAUCUCAAUGAAAAGGGUGCCGAGGCCUGGACCAACCUAGGCGCCCUUUAUCUCAUUCACAAUGACAUUCAACUGGCCAACGACGCCUUUACUCGAGCUCAAUCGACCGAUCCAGACUACUCGCCAGCCUGGGUGGGACAAGGCCUACUGGCUCUUCUCUACGGUGACAAGAAAGAAGCACGAGGUCUAUUUGCGCAUGCAUUUGAUAUCUCGAGCUCGUCGGACACCAUCUCUAAGCGCCAAUAUACUCUCACACUUUUCGAUCAUCUCGUUUCCGACCUUUCGGCUUCCAACGAAGUCGCCCAGCUGAUCCAACCUUGCUUCGCCCUUCAACAGCUUUGUGCGCAAGACCCCUCGGACCUGCCUAUUAUGCACAUGUCUGCACUCCUCGGAGAAAGAAUGGGCGAAACGAGCGACGCCGAGGCCAAUCUACAAGCUGUUUGCUCCGGAAUGGAGGCCGAAUUCGAGUCGUCGGAGUCGCCAUCUGCGCUCUCCAGAUUUGCCCAGGCAAAUGCAGACAUUGCCCGUGUUCUUCUUGCUCGCCAGGACUAUGAGCAAGCUGCUGAAAAGGCUGAAACGGCGCUCACCUUGUCUGAAGAACAAGAUGCGAUUGAUUUCGACCCAGAGGCUUGCGAGAAGAUGCGCCUGUCUGCGCACCUCACUGCUGGUCUUGCCUAUUAUUUCAUUCAGUCAAUGGAUCAGGCGAUUGACAUGUUCCGUGACGCUUUAAAUGAAUCAGAUCACGCCCCAGAUGUCGUAUGCCUUCUGGCUCAGGUUCUUUGGGCCAAGGGUGGCGAGGAAGAGCGUUCGGUAGCUCGUCAACAGCUGUUUGACUGUAUCGAGACUCACCCAGAGCACGUCGGGGCUGUUAGUCUCCUGGGGGCCAUCGCCAUCAUGGAUCGGGACAACGACGCCGUGGAGGCCGUCGAAUCGGAUCUUCGUACCAUGGUCACACGGGAUGACAUCGACAUCCGCGAGCGUGCUAGAAUUCUCAAGCUUUUGACCGCGAUUUCGGCCAUGGGGUUCACCGAAGAUGUCUCGCUCCCGGAGGACGUCCGGCGCCUUGGUGAGGCAACUGCCGCCGUUAUGCUCUCCCCUGGUCAACCCUCUGGCUGGAUGGAAUUGUCAGCCACCUCCGGUGAACCAUAUGCAUCAGCAAUGUCUGUCAAGCGUGCCCUGCACUGCGUUCCGCCCCAUGGCAAACUUGAAGCGUCUGAUCUCAGCCAAGCGUACACUCAGACUGGAAAUACUGGGGAUGCUCUUCGGGCCACCAUGAUUGCACCAUGGAAACGAGAGGCUUGGGAGUCCGUGAACUACGUCCAAUCCAAUUAA